AUGGCGGAAACAGUUGAUGUCAAGGACAGAAUAACAGAGUUGCCUGAGCACAUCAUAUAUCACAUCAUACGCCGGGUUGGCCGCUACAACCUAAAAGAGGCAGCUCGAACUUGUGUCUUGUCCAAGACAUGGAAUCGCCUUUGGACUUUGAGACCUGGCCUGAUGUUCAAUCAGUGCAGCCACAAGAGUUUCAAGUCGUUGGAGAAAUUUGUCAAAUUCGUCGACGAUUCCCUUGAGCCUUAUGUCAAGGAAAACCUAAGCAUCGAUUCAUUCAUCCUUCGGCAGCUUCGUCAUCCAGAAUUGGCUUCGCAUUUAGAUCGAUGGAUGAAGGUGGCAAUUAAACUUAAUGUCAGGGAGCUUGAAAUUAACUCAAGGGCGCUCUACUAUAACGUUCCUGAUACUAUUUAUUCAGGUAAAACGCUGACUAAACUGUCGCUAAGGAGGUGCAAUUUUGAAAUUGAUAAUAGCACCAACAAAUUGCAAAGAUUAAUUAGUACAUGCCCUUUCAUCAGGGAUCUAAAAUUAGAUUGCUGCAGGGGAAUACGAAAUCUGCAUGUUUUUGGCCUAGUAAAUCUAGAAAAAUUAGAGCUAUCGGAGUGUGAAGGACUCGAAAAAGUGCAAAUCCAGGCUCCAAAUCUUGGAAAAUUUGUAUAUGUAGGAAUGCCUUUGUACAAGCAACAGAAGAAACGUGAAGUGGAACUGCUGCCUUGCAAAAUUGAUAUUUUAGAUGGUUAUAAGACACUCGAAAUUCUGAGCUUGGAAGCUAGCACCAUGACGGAUCAACAGUUUGAACAUCAAUGCUCUAAGUUGUCAUCCCUUAAGGAAUUGGAAUUAAGGAGAUGUUAUACAAUGAAAAAUAUAGUGAUUGCGAGUGAAAAGCUCAAGAAAUUUAGUUUAUUACAUUGGAUGAAAUUGGAGCAAGUCAAAAUGCUGACUCCAAAUCUGAUGGAAUUCAAUUUUGUGGGUUGCAACAUGCCAUUCUCAACUAUGAAUCCUUAUAGCCUGGAAGAGGCCGAUCUUGAUUUUCAACUGCCAACUCUAUCUAAAUCUUACUUUGGAGAUGUAGAUACAUUUUGGUACAAUAAUCUUGAGGAUUUCGUUAAGAAAUUCAACUAUUCUAAGGGUCUCAUAUUAGUUAUCCAUUGUGAGAAGAAUAAAAGCAUCCUUAUUUAUGAAGAUGCACGAGAAAUUCUGGUUCCGCCAACUCGAGAACUCCAACUACUUAUUAUUCCUAUGAAAACUCCGACACAUCUUGAAUUGUUCGUGGAUGAUCUAAUGUCCUGGGAUCCCAACAUAAUAUCUAUAGUACCAUGUACUGACAGCAAAAUACUCCAGGCGUUGCAGCAGAAUGUAACAGGAAACGUAGAGACGGAUAAUGGUGAACCUAAAAAAGCCCCAGCCGUAGAGCACAGAUUGCGACGACUUAAAGCUAGCAAUUCCAAUUACCGUCACAAGAAAGAAGUUUUUCAAUCACCAGAUAGUUGGAGUUAG